AUGGCUUAUCCUUGGACUGCUCUGCUUUCCUCUGCGAUCCUUCUCCUCCUCACAGCUCCUGCCGCGCUCUCCGCCUUCGACUGCAACGCCGGCGACCGUGCCGCCCUCCUCGCAGUCAAGCACGGGCUCGGCAGCCCUCCCUUGCUCGCCACGUGGCUCCCCAACACCAACUGCUUCGCCUGGGACAACCUCUACUGCGAUACCACCACCGGCCGCGUCUACAACGUCUACAUCUACGACGCCGGCGUCGCCCCCGGCACCCCAGUCCCCGCCGCGUUCGGAGACCUCCCGUUUCUCGAAAGCCUCUCCCUCGAAGACAUGCCUGGCCUCUCCGGUCCCAUCGCUCCCUCCUUCGCCCGCCUCUCCCGUCUCUCCCUCCUAGGCAUCUCCAACACCUCGGUUUCCGGCCAAGUCCCGGCCUUCAGUGAUCCAAUACGGCACAUAAUUUUAAUAUAA